GCUUAGAAUUCUUAUCUGGGUCUUCCACGUUGUGACUUUUGUAGUGCAGCGUGUGUAUUUAAUAUUUGAACGAAUUCGAUCCACCGAAAGUAUCCAAAUAUGGACGAUCCAAAUUUGGCAGGCGUCAAUUUCGACCAGCCCAUUUCGCCCGACAAUGCCGACGAGAUGCAAGAGAUUUUGCAGAGAAUUAAGGACCAAAUGGCAAGCAUGUCUGACGAGGAUCGCGCUGAACUGAAAGACGGAUUCGUCGGCAAGCUGGCGGACAAAGUUCGGGCGGCCGGACAGGGACAGGUGGAGAGAGGCGUCGCCGGCGCCGAACAGGGACUGCUGCUUCUCGUGGCGGUGCUCGUGCUCUUUGCCAUUUUCGGAGCGAUCGGCUACACAAUCUACCAAUACGUGAACAAGCAGGAAAGAAAAAAGGCCAGUGUGUCCAAGGCCGGCAAAAGCAAGAAAGAAGAAAAGAAGCAGCGCAAAGCAAAGUAAAAUUAUGUAGGAAACAAAAAUAAAUUUAAAGAAAAAGAAAAUAAUAAACCGCUUUCUUGCUAAUUUAAAAUUAUUUGUAGCAAUUAGAGGUAAAAAUUCCGUCAGUUAAAAUUAAAAGGACCGAUCCUGUUUAAUUAUAAUGAUAACGAAAUGAAUGAAUAACCGCAGAUGGCAUACAUUCCUUGUUAGUGGAGGAAGGUCUCUCGCUCGCAUCUUCUCCCACACAAUCUCUAUUUAUCAAAUAUAAUUACCGCAGCAGCACCUGUUGUCACUUAAUUUAUUGCACUUCACCCGUCCAAUUCUGAAAGGCGCAACCUUGGUCAGUUUCUUGUGAGAUGUACAGCCACUCCAAAGUCGUGCACACACGUAACGUACAAACUCUUUUAUCAAGUUCAAGAAUCACGUAAUUACGCUCUCGUCGCGCAGAUCCGCCAUGAAUCACGGAGUGCAUUUUUUUUUU